UCAUCGGCCCGAGAGUGGCACAGGAAGCCGCGGGCUAAAGACAUCAGCCACAGUUUGGGUUAUUUACUCGCAACAUCAGCAGCGGGAGACAGGCAUUGAGGAACCCCAUAACCAGUGCCACAUGGCGCGAAUACGCAUUCAAUUGAUGUCAGGUUAAAAUUACGGCCGUUUGGAUCAAGGUUGUAUGGCGCCAGAACUAAUACGGAAUACGAAAUACGACGUGCAAGAGUCCCUCCCAGCAACUUCAACAGGUCCACAUCGGCGAGAGACAUUCCAGCCUACAACGAACGUACUUUUCCCGGGGCGCUGACGAUAGACUGGCCAUGUCAUAUCACAUCGGAAAUUGCAGUCUGGAAUAAUAAUGUCGGUAAAGGGGGCUCUUAAGUCUAUCCGCACUUGUUUGGAUUCUGAAGAUUUUGAGCAGGCUGCGGGGAAGGCAAAGGAGUUAUGUGAUAAGGAUCCCCAGAACUAUCAUGCGCACGUUUUUCUCGGACUUGCGCUUGAUAAAUUGAAUAAUUUUGAAGGGGCGGAGGCUUCAUACCUAGCGGCAACUGCAAUUAAGGACGAUGAUAGAACAGCUUGGCAGGGUCUGCUCACACUGUACGAGAAGAAAGAUGGCAAAUAUUUAGACCAGUAUCGCAAAGCGGUGACAAGGCUAUGUCAGAUACUAGCUGCAGCCGACGACAAAGCUAGGUGUCAAUCUGCCGUCCAGAAAUAUGCCACACUGGCUAGGAAACACGGUUCCAAGGCACAAUACAAGCAGGCUUUGGAGCUUCAACUCCCCUCUAGUUUUCUUUAUGAUAUCCUUGAGGGCACAGUUCCUCAUCCCGCUCAUACGUACCUUCGUAUCAUAGAAAUAUGCGAAGCAGAGGAGAAGGAGUUUAUCAACAGAGAAAUUGGCGAAAGGCGGACUAGGCUGGGCGCCCGGAUUGACCAGGUGACCCUCGAAGUGAGACGUGAAGCCUUCCAGCGUAGCAACCUGGACAGCCUUUACCGUGAAAUGAUUAACUGGUCUAAUGAUGAUGAGGUUCGCCGGAACUAUGAGGAGAGGUUAAUACAGCGAGCUUAUGACUUUCUUCAAGUUCUCCCCCCUACCAAAAAAAAUCCAAAGCGUGAGGAGGUCCUGCGUCUUGCUCGGGAAAUGGUCAUAAUCAAGCACCCGUUUUUACUUUCCUGGAAAAUUGUUUUGGAAUGGCAAGAUGCAGAUGAUCUCUCGGGGAUGGAUUUAAACUUGCUAAAUGAUUUCAUAGAGCUAUUUCCCGAAGACGGAUUAAGCAAAGUACUUAAGGGGUUUCUCCGAAGCGAUAUAUCACCGUUCCCUAAAGAACUCGAGUCGGACGAACCGAAGGAAGACGGUGCGCAUAAAGAGUCAAGCGAAGCCAGUCACCAAAUCAACCCUGAGGAUAGCUUGCUACUGAUGGCGGAGGGGUUGGAGCAAAGUCCAGAUUCAAUCCUUGCGCACAGGAUUAUGGGGCAGCUUUAUUUGUCUCUGGAUGAGUUCCAGACUGCCGUUGACGUCGCUCGCAAAGGUAUAGAAGUGAUUACGGAAGUACAGCGAUUUACAGGACUAAAACUGCGUAAUGUCACUGACGCUGUGAAUAUUACUCUCGCUACCGCUCUCAUUACAUACCAAUCACCAAAAAAUCACCCAGAGGCAAAGCAGAUAUUUGAAGAGAUGUUAAAUCGCAGGCCGAAAUCUACCAGCUGCCUUCUCGGGAUCGGUCUGAUCCUAGAAGAAGAUCAGGAUUAUGCCACCGCUGUGGACUUCCUUGAGCAGGCGUUGGAGCGCGACCCCACUAAUCUUAAGAUAAGAAGUGAACUGUUCUGGUGUAAAGCACAUAAUGGAGCACUCGAACUAGGGCUAUAUGGUCUACGGGAAACUUUAGACAUGAUGGAAUCGGGUCGUACGCGGAAUCAAGACCUCAGAGCGGAGAUAUUGUACCGGAUCGGGUACUGCCAAUGGGAGUUAGAUCCGUCACCCGUAGCCCGGAAAGACCGCACCAAAGCCUACGCCAGUUUUCUCGGCUCCAUACAGUCGAAUAUGAAUUACGCACCCGCAUAUAGUAGCUUGGGGGUGUACUAUGAGGACUACAAGAAGGACCGGAAGCGAGCGCGCCGGUGUUUCCAUAAGGCUUUCGAGAUUUCACCUGCAGAGGUAGAUUCUGCGGAACGUCUAGCUAGGGAUUUUGCAAACCAAGGGGCGUGGGACCUCGUUGAAGCGAUAUCACAAAGAGUGGUGGAUUCGGGAAGGGCGAAACCUACUCCGGGCUCGAAACGGCAAGGCUAUAGUUGGCCAUAUGCCGCUCUGGGUGUGGUGGAAAUAAACAGACAACAAUAUACGAAAAGCAUAGUAGCGUUCCAAUCGGCAUUGCGAAUAUCUCCGCAUCAUUACCAAUCCUGGGUCGGGCUGGCUGAAAGCUAUCACAAUUCCGGCCGUUUUAUCGCAGCUACCAAGGCGUUUGAGCAUGCGGAGACAUUGGAGACCACCCUCCCGGUAUCUGAAAGGGAACAAACUUGGUUCGCAAAGUACAUGCUUGCAAAUGUGAAACGGGAACUUGGAGAAUACGAGGAUGCUAUUACGAGAUAUGAAGCAGUUUUGAACUUAAAGCCAGACGAGCUCGGAGUCUCGAUCGCACUCUUGCAAACCCUCACUGAAAAUGCAUGGAAGUGCGUCACGUCAGGUUUGUUCGGGGAAGCUGCUGAAUGUGCAAGGAAGGCUAUUGAAAAUGGAAUAUCAAUUGCACAGUUCCACCCUGACGUGUUCAACCUUUGGAAGUCAAUUGCGGAUGCCUUUUCCAUCUUCUCUUGGAUUCGAGGGAAGGCAUCCUUUAUGCCUAUCACUGAAUACAGGAAGCUAAUUGAGAGUCAAACUGAUAUGGGAUGCUUUGAAUUACUUGCAGACGAGGAUGGUGUGAGGACAGACUUUGUAUCACUCCUCACGAAGUCGGAUUCUGAAGAAGUUUUAUCACCAAACGUAUGCAUGCACGCUGCAAUUCUUGCUCAAAAACGCGCUGUGUCCAUAUCUACAAGUGACAAACACGCUCAAGCAAUAUCCUGGUAUAACCUUGGAUGGGCAGAAUAUCGCGCAUAUACUUGCUUGGAGGAUGGGGCGAAAUCGAAAAGAAACAAACCCUUCCUCAAAGCAGCGAUGCGGUGUUUCAAACGAGCAAUCGAACUCGAAGCUGGUAAUUCCGAGUUCUGGAAUGCACUUGGAGUUGUUACAACGUCCCUAAGUCCGAAAGUCGCUCAACAUUCGUUUGUCCGAAGCCUUCAUCUAAACGAAAGAAGUCCUCAGGUAUGGACGAAUUUAGGUGUAUUGUACAUUCUUCACAACGACCAUGAGCUUGCAAACGAGGCAUUUACAAGGGCACAGUCAGCGGAUCCAGAUUUUGCUCAUGCUUGGCUUGGACAGGGCCUCCUUGCUCUGCUUUUUGGAGACGUAAAGGAAGCCAGAGAGCUCUUUACGCACGCCUUUGAACUAGGAAAUUCAGCGUUAACGCUCCCGAAAAGGCAGUAUGCAGUCUCCGUCUUCGACCAUCUUAUCUCCGACUCUAUGAUGCAUGUUGAUAUUCAACAACUCAUACAACCCCUUUUCGCCCUCCACCAACUCCAUACCCAAUCGCCUUCCGAUCUUCCAUUGCAACAUCUUUCAGCUCUCCUGGCUGAAAGGAUGGGCAGUUUUGCAGACUCCAAUUCUAGCCUGGAAAAUGUGUGUUCUGGUAUGGAAUCAGAAUACGAAAGUUCAGAGUCGACCUCGUCAUUAGCUCGGUUUGCCCAGGCAAAAUCAGAUGCCGCCCGAGUGCAUCUGGCUCAGAUGGAAUACGACGCGGCCGUUGACAGCGCAGAAACUGCUCUAAGUCUAUCAUCUGACGGCGGCAUAGAAGAGUUUGACCCUCUAGUCAACCAAAAGCUACGACUUUCGUCACAUCUUGCGGCGGGACUAGCCUAUUAUUACCUCAAGGAUAUGGAUAGGGCAAUCGACAUGUUCCGUGAUGCUCUGCAAGAAGCUGACAGUUCACCGGAUGCGGUAUGCUUAUUGGCUCAAGUCCUAUGGGCCAAAGGCGGAGAGGAGGAACGAGAAGCCGCUCGAGUUCAGCUUUUGGACUGCAUCGAAAAGCAUCCUACACAUGUUGGCGCCGUAACGCUCUUGGGUGUCAUAGCUCUGCUGGAUGCUGACGUGGAUUCAAUCGAGGCAGUCGAGUUAGACUUGCAAGAGAUGCGAACAAGUGACGAUGUUGGCAUACAUGACCGCGUGAAGGUUACAAAGCUUCUGGCAAGCAUUGCCAAGCUUGGACAUGUGAAAAAUCCUGAUGUCUCGCAAGAGUUAAGGCAGAGCCAGGAAGCUAACACGUCUAUAAUGCUUGCCCCCUAUCAACCACAAGGGUGGGCUACACUGGCAGCGGCGUCAUCGGAGCCAUAUCCGGCUGAAAUGGCGCUACACACGGCAUUGCAGAACAUCCCGCCAAAGGGAACGCUUGAUGCAGCAGAGCUGGCUAAGUACUACACCCUCACUGGCCGUCGGGACGCUGCCGCAAGAGCAAUAAUGAUAGCGCCUUGGAUACCGGAUGGUUGGAAGGAACUUCCUCAUUGCAUAUCGGCGGAGUAAUUGGGCGGGAUAGUCAUCUAACAGCAUAUAUUUCUUAGUUCAGGACCCAUAUGUUGCAAAAAUAGAAGAGAGUAAAAGAAAGAAAGAAAGAAAGAAAGAAACAAUAAACCAAGCCAUCCUGUAGAUAGUAAAUUUUAUACUUACACAUAACAUACUAUUGGAGCAUAAACAUUUAAGUUCACGUAGUUUCGGCAGCAGCCUGCUCUGCCAAUCUUUCCAAUAGCCUAGCUUUUCUCCCAUCUCUCCACGCUUUAUCUAACCCUUCAAUCUUUCCUCCAAGCACAUUAACGCAAUCUGGUUCCAGCAACAACAUCCCUCUCGCCACGGUCGCGUUUUUCAACACCAUCUUUGCCCCGAUAGACAUCUUCCCAAUCCCAACUUCCUCCACUGGUUUGCAUUCGAUUGCAACGACUCUCGUCCCUUUCGCAUCUUGGAGCACUAGCCGAUGUGGCCCACCAUUGCCGGUUGUGGAGGAUGAUAUAUUCCGCGCAUUGCUAUUAUUUGCUCUUGAUGUAUUUGGGGUGUUAUUAGUGGUGUUGUUGUAACCAGCAGUCGCAACAUCGCCCGACUCAUCCCGGGUGACAGUUCGUAUAAUCUCUCGCCCACGCGUUUCUUCCCCGCGCUCUAUCUUUUCAAUUGACUCAACCUGGCUCCAGAGGCUGCUGCCUAUGUCCUCUAUAUCAAGUACUUG